AUGUCCAGUUCUCAACCUCCUCAACCUUCUCAGCCUGAGCCCCAGAUUGUCCGGAAUCUGCCUGAAAAUUACCCUAUUCAGAUCACUACAAUCCGACUAAAUGGUGACAACUUUCUCCGGUGGUCACAAUCUAUUCGCAUGUAUCCCAGAGGGAGAGGGAAAAUUGGCUAUAUCACAGGAGACACGAAGAAGCCUGAUGUGAAUGAUCCAACCUAUGCUGUUUGGGAUGCUGAAAAUUCCAUGGUGAUGACGUGGUUGGUUAACUCCAUGACUGAAGACAUAGGGGCAAAUUAUCUCUGCUAUUCUACAACCAAGGAAUUAUGGGACAAUGUUUCACAGAUGUACUCUGAUUUAGGGAAUCAAUCCCAAGUGUACGAGUUAACUCUACAACUCRGARAUAUUCGCYAARGUGAGAACUCUGUGACUAAGUAUUUUAAUUCUCUUAAGAGAAUUUGGCAGAACCUGGACUUAUUCAACAAUUACAAGUGGAAGUCACCCGAUGAUUGCAAUUAUUACAAGAAGAUGGUGAAUGUUGGCCGAGUCUUCAAGUUUCUUGUAGGUUUAAACGUUGAAUUCGAUGAGGUUCGUGGCCAAAUUAUUGGAAGAAACCCUCUGCCCUCAAUCGGUGAGGUAUUUUCAGAAGUACAUAGAGAGGAAAUCCGGAGACAAGUGAUGCUUGGAAAGAAGGCUACAGGUACAAUCGGACCUGUGGAAGGGUCAGCCCUGAUUAUUUCYGAGGCCCAAGUCAGUCGAAGGUCAUCCCAAAAUCAACGGGUUGGAGACAAGAAUAACCUGCGCUGUGAUUACUGUGGGAAACCUCGCCAUACCCGAGAGAAUUGCUACAAAUUGCACAGGAGACCAUCCAAUGGCAGGGUGAACAAACCUGGUGAAUAG